GUCUCAGAGUAACAAAAGACAAUAAGUACUCUAUUUUUUUGUGAAAUGUGUCAUAUGUCAGUUGAAUAAAGUGUUUGGUAGUUUGGUUAUUUUGUGCCUGAAAAAGUAUUCUUCAGAAUAUGAAUUAGACAAGUGAUUUCUUCAAACAAACUGUAUUUUGAAAAUUCGGGACUAUGUUGGCUUUACAACAGUAUUCAGGAAGUAGUGAUGAAGAUUGUGGAGAGGAUACUCAUUCUUCAAAUGUGGAAGUGUUUCCAACUAUUCCUAAAAAUUCACAGUUAUUACAAAAACAGCUUGCGAUAUGUUCGGCUCCCGACGUAAUUCCAACGGGUUUAAAUGAAGAAAACAUUUAUAUCCAUCCUGAAACAACAGAACUAACCUUCAAUCCCAAGUAUGAAGAGUUGUUUGCUCCAUUGGUUGGACCAAAAAAUCCUUUCAAAACACAACAACAAAGUAUCGAUAGAAACAUUUUAUCAGGCCAUGUAGAACCAGCUCAUGUCAGUGAUUUUCAGUUUGAAAACCAAAGACGAACUUUCACAAGCUAUGGUUAUGCCCUCGAUCCAUCUGUUAGUACUGAUGGUCAGGUUAAAGUGGUAGGUUCCACAGAUGACGGCAAAAGUCCUGAUGAUAUCAAAACUGUUUUUGAAUCAUCAAAGGACAGACCUUUGGACAAAAGGAAACGUAAAAGAAAUGCUGACCCUAGCGACAUUGAUGGUUUUUUGGGGCCGUGGGGUGGUUUUGUCGAUGAACAAAAAAUUGCUAAGCCUAGUGAAGAAGAACAAGCAGAAUUAGAUGAACUAAUAUCUAAAAAGAACAAAAGAGGUAAACCUACAGAAGAUAAACCUGUUGAAGAGAAAUCUGUUCUUCACAUCAAGGACGCUGUUGAUUAUCAAGGUCGGUCAUUCUUGCAUGCUCCACAAGAUGUAGGUGUUAAUCUUAAAUCGGACACACCACCAGAAAAAUGCUUUUUGCCAAAAUCUCAUAUUCACACCUGGUCAGGUCAUUCCAAAGGAAUUGCAGCCAUACGAUGGUUUCCAAGAACAGCACAUUUAUUUUUAUCAGCUAGUAUGGAUUGUCGUAUUAAACUUUGGGAAGUGUAUAAUGAAAGAAGAUGUGUAAGGACAUAUUAUGGUCAUCGACAAGCCGUAAGGGAUAUCAAUUUCAAUAACUCCGGAAAACACUUCCUCUCUGCUGGUUAUGACAGAUAUAUCAAAUUAUGGGAUACGGAAACAGGGCAGGUUCUCUCAAGAUUCACCAGCAGGAAAAUUCCUUACUGUGUCAAGUUCAAUCCUGAUAAGAAUAAGCAGCACUUAUUUGUUGCGGGAACUUCAGAUAAAAAAAUAAUAUGCUGGGAUACUAGAUCAGGUGAUAUUGUUCAAGAAUAUGAUAGGCAUUUAGGAGCAGUCAAUUCAAUUACAUUUGUGGACGAAAACAGGAGAUUUGUGACCACGUCUGAUGAUAAGUCACUGAGGGUGUGGGAAUGGGAUAUUCCAGUGGAUAUGAAGUAUAUCGCUGACCCAACUAUGCACAGCAUGCCUGCAGUCACUCCAGCACCGAAUGGAAAGUGGCUUGCUUGUCAGAGCAUGGACAAUAAAAUAGUCAUCUUUUCGGCUAUGAAUCGCUUCAAAAUAAACCGCAAGAAAACUUUUACUGGUCAUAUGGUAGCAGGUUAUGCUUGCAGUUUAGAUUUUUCACCUGAUAUGAGUUACUUGGUUUCUGGAGAUGCUGAUGGAAAAUGUUAUAUUUGGGACUGGAAGACAACCAAACUUUAUAAAAAAUGGAAAGCACAUGACAAUGUAUGCAUAAGUGCUUUGUGGCAUCCUCAUGAAUCUAGCAAACUGAUAACGGCAGGUUGGGAUGGACUCAUUAAGUAUUGGGAUUAAUUCUCUUCCGCUUCAGAAAUUAUAAAUCAACGUGGUGAACACUUGAUUUAUGCCAGAUAAUCAUUGUAUAUAAAGCUGUAAUAUAUCUUAUUUAGGAAAAUAA